UUCUCUGGGUUGAACAAAGCCUCCUGAGAUCAGACCUAACCUUGACGGCAGUGGGUGCAGCCCAGCAGCCCUGGAAGAUCAGCUACCCAAAGGGGAGCAUGUGCUGUUGCGAAUAUGGAUACAAUUCUCUUCUUUAGCCUGAUUUUUGCAGCCUAUGAUGCCAGUCAGAAAGACCUCAAAGGCAGUAGCUGUCAAGUAGAGCAACUUCCUGGACUAUUUCCAAGGGACAUGAGAAGCAUCAAAGUGCUGCUGAUGCAAGAAGCCCAGGAAAAAGCCAAAAGGGAAGCACCAGGCCAAAACCAGACAGUGGCCACCCUGCAAUGCCUUGGCUCAGGGAGCAAAGUGACAAUAAAUCUCCAGGAUUCAGAGAAAAGGCCAAAGGCCAGAUAUACCUUGAAAAGCCUGAGUGUCAUCAGUGCUCCACUCCGGGACAAGCUCACCGGACCACGCUGCUACUUAUCGACAGCACCCAAACUGUGGUUCCAGGCUGGACACCAUCUUACCGCCCAAGUGUUAUUACCCAGUAUCUCCAACUGUAAGCUCUACCUUGUGUUUGAGGCCUCAUCGAAGAGAUCGUCACCAACCGCCACCAUCGCUACCACUGCAGAGGACAGUGAAGAGGAGAUGACGCCUAUUACUGACACAGAUGAGUACCUUCUUCUGAGGAAGAGAUGGAGCGUUGUGGUCAAAGCCCUCAUUGCCGUCAUCCUGCUGACGAGUGGACUAGCCAUAAUUGUGUUUGUCAUUUUCGAAGUCCCCUGCCCACCUGCAUGCCGUAGGGCAGGGAACUUGUGCCGUUGUCAACAGUGGAGAAGACAGAAGGAAGAUGGCAUCGGUGGAGGGCCCCAGCCUGGGGCAACUGAAGGCCCAAUAACAGGAAAGCCUGACAAGGUUGGACCCAGGACAGAGGCUCCCAACUCAUCUUCUCCCAAAAAGCCAUCUGAGAUCAUUUUUAUUCACCAGACAUACUUCUGAAAAACUCUUUUUCUAGGCACAGACAGAUGACUGUUCCACACUGCCUUCUACACUGAACAUCAGUGGUCAAAAUCAGGUUCCAUAUUCCUAUUCUGUUUUUCCCCAUCAUUCACAUGAGACAGAAGUUUCUUAUACAGCUUAUGCACUGCCAGAUGAUAUUAAAAUCAAACUUCAAACAGCAGUGAAGAGUUUGAGUUUAGGACUCAAAGUGACCUUUGCGCAGCCACAGACUUAGCUUAUGUGAUUCAGUUUGUGCAUCUAUUAAAUAGCUAUCCAUCAACACACCUCUAAUGGAAAUCAUGGACAGAUGGGGCUAUCCUUUGAUGGUGGCUUAUCAGUGCCAAGAUCAGUCAUUACUGUUUACUUUAUUUCUUCUUAAAAAGUUUUAUUGAUGCCCUACAGCUUCA